AACUACAACUUCCGGAUAAGAAUAACAGAAUUUACUUUCCAAACAUAAGAAUAGUGAAAGACUAGAUCUAGACUACACAGUUUUCUGUAAAGGUCUAGAAUACAGUUGACGACAGUUAGAUCUAUUUAAUUCCAAACUUAUGGAAAGUUUUACAUUUUCAGAAGAUAAUCAAGCAUAAAUUUGAAUUCUUAAAAUGGAUUUUAUGAUAUCAGUGGCAUCUUCAUUCUUGGAUGGAACAUGACUUUAUCAUCAAACCAAACAAUGCAGAUUCAACAAAGGGAAGCUAAGUCACUUUCAGAAGUCAUUAAAAAAAAAGAAGAGCCUAGUGCAUUUAAAGAAAUGUGAAUGCAGCAUGUAAUGUUGUUACAACCAGAAUUUAUUAUCUGACCUGACAAGUGAAUAUAGUGCCUGAACAUGUUGUUACGCAGGGAAAUGUUCAGAUGCUAUAACUCUGUGACCAGGCUCCUUUCCUGCAAGCGUUGUUCCCUGCUGAGAUCAUUGGUUCUCAUUUUUGCUUUGAGUAUAGUCUCUAGUCUUUUCUUCCUUUAUCGUGUCAUGGACACUGGCCUUCAUGUGCCACGUGCAAACCCACCUGUGCCACACAUUCGAUGUGAUUCUCAGCCAUAUUCCUCCAAUCUUAAUGUUGAUGUUUCAAGUCAUCAUAGACUGGAUGACAGACUUCGAGUAGCUCACAGGGCUCUGCUUAUUACGGAGGUGCCAAAUUCUAAAAAUGGUCAGCGGAUAAGAUACUUUCUCAAUGCACUUCGCAUCGAAGUGAAAUUUGAAAUUAAGUCUAAGGCUAUACCAACCCUGACAAAUAAAAAAUCUGGACGAUUUGCUGUGAUAAUUUUUGAAAACUAUAAUACAUAUCUAGAUCUGGAUACUUGGAGUAGGCAGCUUGUAGAUAAGUAUUGCCAUGACUAUCGCAUUGGUAUACUUAGUUUUGUUCGACCAGUUGAUGAGAGCACAGACAGUUUCAGGCAUGUGGACAACUACCAUAUAAGUUUUCACUAUAAUUUAGCUUUAAUGGACUUCAGAAUUGGUGAAGCCACCACUCUUUGGAGGAUAAUGAAGCCUGGUUCUAUAUGGAAGGGAGCUUUGCCAGAUACAUGGACAAUAUUUAAAAGCAAUCAUUCAACGUAUCAACCUUUAGCCUUUUCAAGGAUAUUGGGGCGUUUCUCAGAUGCAGAUCCAAAGUCAUACAGUUAUGUUCCUGCUAUUUUUGAUGAAGGUAGAAUUGAUGGGAUUCCUAAAGUGCUGCUUGGGAGUGAUCUGAACUUUUGGCUGAACUCUAUUGUGAUGAUGGAUGCCCUUUCCUAUUUGUCUUCUGGUAGGUUGGGGCUACCAUUGGACAGAUAUAUACAGGUGGAUGUGGAUGACAUAUUUGUGGGCAAAGAAGGCAUUCGUAUGAAAGUCUCUGAUGUAGAGGCCUUAGUAGCUGCACAAGAACGUUUAGAAAAAGAAAUAGAUGGCUUCCAGUUUAAUCUGGGUUAUUCAGGUGGAUUUUUUCUAUUUGGUACUGAUGAAGAGGAUGAUGGUGACAGAAAACUAAUUGAGUACAGACAUAAGUUCCGCUGGUUUAGUCACAUGUUCAGACAUGAACAGCCUCACAAGUUCCCUAAAGAAUACAUCGAGAGUGCCAUGAAGCUGAAUAAACAAUUUGCUGAGGAGAAUGGCAUUCAAGUGUAUGGGCAGUAUGCCGUGGCUCCCCAUCACUCUGGUGUGUACCCAGUGUAUGAGCCUCUUUACUCCUCAUGGAAAGAGGUAUGGGGAGUGAAGACUACAAGUACAGAGGAGUAUCCCAAACUGUUGCCCUCAUGGAAACGUAGAGGAUUUAUUCACAAAGGAAUCAUGGUGCUACCACGCCAGACAUGUGGUCUGUUCACAACAACUGUGUACAGUUCUGACUUCCGAGGCGGGCUGGCAGGCUUAGACAGUAGCAUUCAAGGAGGAGAAAUAUUUCAAACUGUUUUGACUACACCAAUCAAUAUCUUCAUGACUCAUCUUUCAAACUAUGGUAAUGAUCGCCUUGCGCUGUACAUGCUGGAAAGCCUUGUUAAAUUCGUAAAGUGCUGGACCAAUUUUAAAUUACUUUCACUACCACCAGUGGAGCUGGGACUGAAAUAUUUUGAAAUGUACCCAGCAGACAAGGAUCCCAUUUGGACGAAUCCAUGUGACUACAACAGACACUUGAGCAUUUGGCCAGAGAAUAAAACUUGUGACAAACUGCCCAGUUUUAUUGUUGUUGGUCCACAAAAGACUGGUACCACAGCUUUAUACUCUUUUCUUUCUCAACACCCAGACAUUGUCAGCAAUCUGCCAACUCCUAAACAUUUUGAAGAAAUUCAAUUUUUUAAUACAAACAAUUACUAUCUUGGCCUGGAUUGGUACAUGGAUUUCUUCCCUCAACCUGACAAGCCCAACACCACUCUCUUGUUUGAGAAGAGUGCCAACUACUUUGAAAGUGACUUAGCUCCCAAGAGGGUGGCUGCACUGUUACCCAGGGCAAAAAUUAUUGUCAUAUUGAUGAACCCUGCAAAAAGAGCUUAUUCUUGGUAUCAGCAUAUGCGUAAUCACAAUGACCCUACUGCAUUGAAUCACACCUUUUAUGAAGUUGUUAGUGCCUCUGACAUGGCCUCUCAGAACUUGAGAGCACUGCACAAUAGAUGUCUGACGCCAGGGCUCUAUGCACAGCAUUUAGUUCGCUGGCUGGAUUUCUUCCCAGCUAAACAGAUUCACCUAGUUGAUAGUGAUGAACUGAGGAAUGAUCCAGUUAAUGUCAUGCACCUCAUACAGAAGUUCCUACAUGUCCAAAACUACAUGGAUUACAGCCAGCAUCUCAGGUAUGAUCCAGCCAAAGGUUUCUUCUGUCAAGUUCUGAGCAACAAGCAAAACAAAUGCCUGGGGAAGAGCAAGGGACACAAGUACCCGUCCAUGGACCACAGGUCAGAGCAACACCUGCAUUCCUUCUACAGGAAGCACAACAUCAAUCUCUCCAAACUUCUCUCCAGCUUUGAGACACAGCUGCCAGAGUGGCUAACCACAGAGCUGAAAGACAUUGAGACUCCCAAAACUUAGUGGACAAGGAGUUCAUUCUACUUUAUGUACUUAAAUAACUUACAUCUCAAAUGAUCUGACUGCACAUACUAUAAAUAGUAUAAAUAUAUUGGCUGAGCGAUUGUUUCUUAUCAAAGUUGUUUUGAAUUCAAUCAUUUUGUUUUCCCAUUUCUGUGAUGUCUUCUGUUCUGUUUAUAAUUUAUUUCAAAAUCUCAGAUAUAUUACUUAGAUCCUUUAUUUUCAUUUUGAAAUUUAACCAUUGCCUUUGGUUGACUGUCAACUAUUGUGAUGCCUAAUGGAACACAUUUUAUAAAGGUAGUUAAACAUUAUAUAUAUAUAUAUAUAUUUCUAAACAAUUAUUUCUUUUAUUUGUUUAGUAUAUAGCCCACCUGUGUUUCCUAGCUUUUGGCACCCUAUUAGUCCAUGCACCUAUUAUACACUCAGAGAUUGACUAUGUAUUGUUGUGUCCUCUGGUGUUACUUGUACUCAAGUUGUAGAUGUUGCAAUUAGAUACUUACUUCUGUUUGGUUUUUGGUUCCACAUUUCACUGUACUUCUUGUCAAACCAGCUUAGCAAACUGGUAAGACCACAAUGAAAGAAAAAAUUGAAUACAUUUGGUUUCCUUUGUUGGAUGAUGACAUUCUGUUCUCAGCAUUGUCUGUUACUUUCUCUCUGUAUCUUUGUGUGAAUUUUGUUUGUUGGUUAAUGAAUCAUUGACUAGAACUACACAUUCCUGUAUGAAACAAACUGUAAGGCUCAUGUCUAACUAAGCAGGGCCUUGAGUUCUUGGUUUUAUCAAUUUAAAAAAAAAAUAUUUAUUAGUAGGUGGUUAGACUUUAAAAACUAAUUGUGACAAAAGCAAUUAGCUUAUGCAAUGUAUAUUUGUACGAUUAUAAACAAAAUUGAUUUAGUGGUCCUAAUAAAUGUGGCAUCCUCUAAAAGGGGAACAACUGGUAUAUUGUUGAAAUUGUCUAGGUAAUCAAGCAUUUUUGUUUUGUAAAGAUGUCAAUUGUAUUUAUUUAUACUUUGUAUAUAAAAGAUGAUAAUGUGCUGGCUACAUGUUCAGUCCAAUUUUGUUGUAGCCAUGUUCAUUGUCACUCUAAGAAUAUUCAUUAUAACGAGCUUUGAUUGUUAGGCUGCUUGAAUCUAAUGAGAUCGUUAUUGAUUCAAAGAUCUCAGUAUGUUUAUGAUAAACUAAUAGUAGAGCGUGUCUUUUAGUUCAAUAAUAAUGCAAGCUUUGAGAUUGUAACUCGUCAGACCUCAUAAUUACUAUUUGAUUUUAUGUUGUUAUUUUUUUUAUUUGACAAAAUUUGAGUUCAAUACCUCAAUGACUGUGCUGCUUUGUUGAUACAAUCAUUCUGAAUGUUUAAGUUAUAAACUAGCUGUUACUGUUGCUGUACUAAUAAUAGCAUGGAGUUGUAUACAUUUUGUUGAAGAAAAACAAAUUGAGUCUCUGCUAGUGUUGACCAGAAAAAAAAAUGGACUUGAGUGUCUGCUAGUGUUGACCAGAAAAAAAAAAUGGACUUGAGUGUCUGGUAGUGUUGAUGAGACAAUUUAUUUAUUGGUUGUAUGAAUAACAUUAGAUGUUGAUGGUGUUAUUUCCAAGCCCGUUAAGUUAUUCUGGUGAAUUAUUAAUUAAGCAUUAUCUUCAUAUGAGCUUGUUGUUUACAUUAUGAAUUUCAAUGUGAAAGUUUGUGUGCAAAAAUGAAAAGGGAAUAAUUUCUGCCCAAUUCAUUUCAGAAUAGAUUUGUAUUCUCCCCAACAAGUGUCAAUUCCAAAAUGUAUGUUACAAGAUCCUGGUCUGUCAAUUGUAGAUUGUGUUGUAAAGAAGAUUGUUGUAAAUGGGGUAGGGGGCAGCAUAAGAAUUAAUGAAAUACUCAACAAAGUUAAGCUCUCUUCCUAGAUUAGAGGCCAGAGAAGUUUUCUCCAAAUCACAAUGACUAAUUUUGUUUUGUUCUUUAAGUGAUGUGCAUUGUUGACUUAUCUAAAGCAAAAGAAUUGACCAUUGUGACCAGGGUUUUUAACUGGAGGCCUCUAGCUGACAUCAUUGUGCUUUACUACACAGCCACCAUCUCCCAUUUAUUCAUAUUUUAAUCAUUUCAUGCAAUAAAUUAUUUGUAGUCAUAGAAAUGCCUGAAUUCAGUUUGGAUUGAAUAGUUGAGUGAUUUUCUAGACAGGUUGUUCUAAAUCUUCUAUGAUUGUUUCUUGUAGUUGGAUUUUUUUUAAUGCUGAGAUGUUUGGUUCUUUUGCUGUCUGUUCCAUGGUAAACUUUAACUGCUCUGCACUGCCAUACAAGAUGUUGACUAGAAUCAGUCAUUUACUUGAUUAUAUUUAAUAUAUAUGUUUAGUGCAUGUUGACUAUUCUAGAACAUAUAACUAAAUCAUAACAAUGGAUUCCUUGAUUAGUUGACAAAUACUUACAGCAGCCAUCAUGUAAUGGUGUUCAUUUCUUGUACUCACUAUUUUGGUACCAACAUUUUUUUUUACUUCAUCAUUGUUAGUUUGAGUCAAACAUUAUUUUCAUAACUGCAAACUGUAAACUGUUUCAUCUAUAAAAUUCAGAAACAGUUUUUAAUAGAUGAACUUUUACAAAAGACAGUGGGCAACUUAUUUUUAUUUGCUUAAGAGUAAAUUUUGUUGUUAUAUUUGUUUUAAAAUGUUUAAAGUGGCAUGCAGUUUCAUUCUCAAUAUUUGAAAGAAUACAUUGCAAGAUGUGUUGUAAUGAUAAUAAUAUGUCAGCUUAUUGUCAGAAUGUUGCUUUUAAAGAACUCUGAAGAAAGCUGUCAACAAAUAUUUUGUAAUUCAUCUAAUAAUUUUGGUUGCUUGAAAACAGCUACAUUGUUAGAACAUUGAGAUGAUGUCAUCAAGAAGUUUCCAGGGUGUCAGCUUCCUGUCCCAUACACUUACUGUCUGUCGAUGCAAAACUUGGGCAUAAUCUUUCACUCAUUGGCCUACAUAACUUGCAGAGCUUUUAGUUAGUAUGUCUAAACAUUCUGUUAGAAACUUAUUAUUUGAGUCUAUCAUAAUGUUGCAGCUUCACAUAUUUUCUCAGCCAAUGAUGAACCUUUUAAAAAAUAUGUAAUGAAAAUUAAUUUCUAAGCAUUCAGCUCCAAACAUUAUCAAAUCAAAACCAAGUCAACAUUUCAAACAUGAGUGGCAUAUCCUAGUAUUCAUCAGUUAUCAAAAUUCUUCUAUUACAGUUGUGACUUGAUUUAUUAGAGAUUUUCAAUAGGCUUUCUUUUGAUAGUUUUAUCAUAUUUGAAAUGUAAAAAAAAAUUGUCAAAAGAUUAUUUGGCAAUGGUAUCUAAUAGAUCUGAUAGGUAUUUGCAUUGUUAUUUCAAUAUUACAUAGAUCACCUAUUUUAAGUCACUUAUUUUGUGACAAAAUAUGGUUACAGAUCAUAGAACAUAUGCAUAUUUCAUUAUUGCAAUAAACAUUUAUUGUCUUCUCACAUAAGCUAUUCAUGUUGGUUGACAGUUAACCAUCAUGAACUUUUGUGGUCUAUCUGAGCUCUUUAGUGCGCCAGUGGCUAAUACCUGAUUAUUUUUGUGUUCUCUUCCUUGGGGCAUCAAUAUACUAUCCUUGCUGUAUUUUACCUUUGAAUACCUUUGAAUUGUGAGAGUUAGGAAUCUAUAAACUAGUGUCAUGGGAGGUAAUUAAGAAAAGAUUUUGAAAUAUUGGGUACUCAGCUUCUGCUGGCAAUGAAGAUCAUUUUCUGAUAGGAUGCCCGAUUCUAGAGACAUAUCUUUCAGACCAGCAUGCAGAUGGAGACUCUGAGAACAUGCUGUGUCUUGUGAUUUUGUUUUCAUUGUUUCUUGAGUCUGUACUUUGGAGUUUAUUUCCACCUCAUGUUUUUGUUGUACAUUUACAUUGACGCUUUUCAUUUCAACUCUGUUUGUCUUUCAAUUCAAAUGUACAUUGAAUGGUUAGGUUUACAUGGAUCACUGUGUUGUCCAUAAUGGUGAUCAUUGGUGGUCAGUGGACUUUGUUGUGUCAUUAGAUCUGAGGGAUAGUCCAAUGUUCUAUUUGAACUGCAUUUUGUCAUUAGUUUCUCUAUUCUGCUUCUUUUGCUUGCUGGAUGUAACUUUUGAUUUUAAUACAUGUUUAGCUUUUGUUUAUCUGGCUUGAUGUAGACUGAAGAAAUCAUUUUUAAAUGUAUUCAAGUCCUACUGCUGGAAUUUUGCCAGUAUCUGCAUCCAUCUGUACAUACUAGAAAUUGACAAGAAUAUACUAUCACUGAAAAAUCAAAAAUUUGAAUUGAAUAGAUCACACCAAAAAUAUUUAUAGUUUAAUCAUCAGAAGUUACCUGAGCACAUUUUCAUCUUUUUUCUAAUGUUCCUUUGGCCAUAGCAAAAAAACUUUUUUCUUUCUGGCCCAACACACAGACACACUACUAACCUUAAACUUUAGGGUCAUUUAAAGGUCAUUUGCCAUUUCUUUGUUCACUAAGUCAGGAGGCUUGGGAUGAUUUAGUGACAGAUAGUGUUUUUCGUUUUUGCUUUCUUAGAUUGCUUUUAGUCAUAAGGCCUUGAACAGUUUUGUGACCUCCUAAAGGUGUAUGCACAUUUACUUUUGUAAAUCUUAGUAAUGCCUUUUAAGUUUUGGAGACACUUAUAAAUUACAAGAAAGCUUUUUGUUUUUGUACCCCCAACCUGGGCAUAUAUUUAUAAUUUUCAUAAUAUGAUCACAGUAGUUUCUUGGUGUUUUUUUAAUAUUCACCUUUUAAUUCAAAUAUGGACCUCAGUUGUCUUUCUUGAGGCUUCAUUAGUCUAGCUUAGCACAAGACUCGACCACCCAGUAGGAUUUUAUAUGUUAGACUUACUCUUAUUUCAUUAUUUUCAAAGAUCUAAAAUCUUGCAAUUCUAAAUUCAUCUAUCCUGUUUGUUUGUCUUUAACCGUGUUGAAGAAUUCAUUUCAAAUGCUUGAGAAAAAAAAACAACCACAACACAUUUUUUUUUUCAACUUAGGAAAAUUUCAUUUCAAUUAAAAUGUUGAUGAAUUCUUCUUAUAAUAUUGUGAACUUUGUUUUUUAUGACCAAAUUCUGUGACACUUUUCUGAACAUAUAGCUGAUUUCUAGAAGCUUUUAAUGUCAUGGAGGUAAUACCUUGAAUUGACAUAGAAAAACACAAAAGUACUACUUCAUGGAUUCCCUUGUUUUACUUCUCUCAUCUAAAGAACUUCAAGAACUCAUGUGUGUUGGGUGACCGACUGACUCAUGUGUGUUGCAUGACUGGCUGACUCAUGUGUGUUUGGUGACUGACUGACUCAUGUGUGUUGGAUGACUGGCUGACUCAUGUGUUGUGUAAUGCAUUUUCAGUGAGUGACUGACUCUUGUGUUGAAUGACUGACUGGUGUAUUGGGUGACUGACUCAUGCAUGUUGAAUGACUGACUGGUGUAUUGAGUGACUGACUCAUGUUAAGGGACUGACUCAUGUAUGUUGUGAGUACAACCAUGUUAUAUUCUGUUAAGGAUUUUUCUGGAUCUUGCUGUUGUGGCUCUAAACAUUUAUUGAUCUUUAACGAUGAGGAUCUAAACUUUGAAUGGUCUCGGUCUUAGGGAUUUAUAUGUAUACUUAUAUUUCUUUAUCUUUAAACUUUUUACAUUUUACUGAUAUAGGUGUUAAAAAUCUUAACUUUUCUUGAUCUUGGUGCUAAAAGUGUUGCAGUACAUCACUCAAACUUCAGUUGUGUCUGAUUGUGUGCUGCACUUGUGGCAGUGACUCUGGGCAGGAGGGUGGGUGUAACCUUUUCUUUACAGUAGACUAGUUGUGUCUGAUUGUGUGCUGCACUUGUGGCAGUGACUCUGGGCAGGAGGGGGUGGGUGUAACCUUUUCUUUACAGUAGACUAGUUGUGUCUGAUUGUGUGCUGCACUUGUGGCAGUGACUCUAGGCAGGAGGGUGGGUGUAACCUUUUCUUUACAGUAGACUAGUUGUGUCUGAUUGUGUGCUGCACUUGUGGCAGUGACUCUAGGCAGGAGGGUGGGUGUAACCUUUUCUUUACAAUAGACUAGUUGUGUCUGAUUGUGUGCUGCACUUGUGGCAGUGACUCUGGGCAGGAGGGGGUGGGUGUAGACUACAGAGUCAUUUCUGUCCACAACUGUUAUUGCUUUUACAGGAAACAGGAAAAAAUAAUGUUAGCAUUUAUCACUAAUUUCUGUUUGUUAUAUAAUCCUGUUUACUAAAUAUAUGUAUGUUUUAAUUAUACAUAUAAAUAUAAAGAUGUUUUAUAAUUAUAGACUUAAAAAAAUACAGUCCUACCAUUGUUGAAUACAUUCAUGCUAGUUCCAUUUCAAAUAGGAAAGCAAGUUGUGUGUAUCUCUUUGAACAUCCAGUUAUGUUAGUUCCAGUUCAGAUUGGACAGUUUGUUGUGCAGUACAUAUGUAUGUCAUCUGGUCUGGUUGGCAUGAAUGUUUACAGCUGUCACUAACACUUGAGUGUUGUGGGAAUGGUUGAAAUCAACACUAUGGUUUUGUGAACUCGACUGUUUAAUGCUUUAUGUUAUUAUACUGGAGCAGUGAUUGUAUUAAUUGCCUUCUCUUGUAGGACUAACAUGCUUUUCACUGCAACAGUUACCAGUUGUCUAGCAAGUCUGCCAUUAGGCAGUGCAUAGUUUAAAGGACUGUUUGCAAUGGGAUAAAAUUAUCUCUUGAAGAAUUAGUGACAUAAUUUACAUAUAUGCAAUAGCAGAGGAACCUUCCAACUACAGAGGAAGGGAAAUCAUUGAAUUAUAUAUGUAUGUGACUAGCUUUCAAAAAUCAAAAUAUUUGUUUGUUCUUCUUUGUUUGAUGCCAUGAAGAUAAUGUUCUCUCUUGUUUUCAGUUAAUUUUCCCAGUUGUCAUCACUAGAGCAGUUUUUGAUGUGUUCUGGGGAUUAGUUCCUGUUUUUAAAACCUGAAACUUGAUUAUUUUGAAAUAAAUACAGUUACAUCCCCUCCACUUCCUGUAAAAAAAAAAUGACUUCAUCUUACUUCAUCAAACACUUUCAUACGAUUUUCAAAUUAUGUGACUAUCCUUAGCACAACUCCCUAGAAACUGACAAUCAAUAAGAAGGCAUCUGGACGCCUUAAGAAUAAUUUUUCACAUAAUUUAUGAAAAGAUUCUUUGAUAUUGCAAGGCCUGAGAUUAAUGGUGUGUUUAUUCAUCGUCUUGCCCAUGUAGUUAGUUAGUGGACACACAUUACAUUAUAAUUGGGGGUUAGUUCUUGGUACUGGGAAUGUAUACUAUAGUACUGUAGCUUUAUCUCAAUAGUACUGGCUCAAUGGUUUUAGUGUUUGUAUACAAGGACUGGUAACAGUAUUUUAUUGUUUGGUCUGAAUGGUGUACCAUUACUAUGAUAAAGUUUGAUUCUCAACACAUCAUUCAUGCAAUUGAUUUGUUUCAUAUGAUCACUCCAGGAAGCCUCAUCACAUCUUCAGAAUGAAAUUUUAUUGUAAUAUGUAUAUAUAUAUAUAUAUAUAUAUUAGGAAGGGUUCUUCCAAUUUUGUACUCUAUAUAAAUAUCUACAUACAUUGACAUGAUAUAAACAUGUUAGACUUGAUCAGAGAAAUACACAUUGGAGAAAUAAAAUCAAAAGUUGCCAUAUGUCAUCUA